UUGGCCUUUCUGCCACUGCGCAUCACUCAACCACCACCGAAACUGCGCCCAGGAGGUUUCAUUCAUCUCAUCUUGCCAUCCAACUUUGCCCUUUCUUCUUCCCUUCUUCAAAACACAACCACCAUUCAAUCUCCACUCCAACCCUUUAAAACCUCAGCAGUUUAGUUACAAACCCCGUCACCUCAUCUCCCCUUCAUUCCAACUUCAAACAAGUUUCUCGAGACAGACGAGUUUAUGUCAACUAUCCAAAAUCUCAAAACCUUUGACCCCUUCGCGGAGGCCGACGACGACACUGGGGAGGCAAAGCAAUCCCAGAAUUACAUACAUAUUCGCAUCCAGCAACGCAAUGGUCGUAAGACUUUGACCACCGUCCAAGGCCUUCCCAAGAAGUUCGACCAGAAGAAGAUUCUCAAGGUCAUCAAGAAGAAGUUCGCAUGCAAUGGCACAAUCGUCGCCGAUAGCGAAAUGGGGGAGGUGAUUCAACUUCAGGGUGAUCAGCGCAAAGAUGUUCAAGAGUUCCUGGUCGCCAAAGAUGGCCUCGAGCUCGACGCAAAGACUAUCAAGGUCCACGGUUUCUAAACGCGUCAACCUCCAUCCCGUGCUAUCCAGCCCGCUAUUCGAGAAUUUACAGUCAUGAUUCGACAAAGGAGCAAUUACGAACCUCAUCCCAUGACGAUCUCUUGGUCUCGCGCCUGUGCGGCCUAACUGCGCCCCUUGAAGAUAGCACCGUCGGGAUGAAUGAGGUUGCAUGCGUUUAUGAUACCCAUGAAUAGAUAAUUGCUUCAGGAUGAGGGAUGAUGGAUGGCAUUGGGGUACACGGUAUAGGGUACAGACUCGGCAUCCAUGAGAGUGAAAGAUAUUGAGCAGUAGUUCAUGAUUCUGAGGUCAAAGCGACAUGAGGUGGCUUGCCACUCAUUCGUGAUAUUCAGCUUGCCUCGCCGAGGCCAUGAACAUGAGCUGACUAGGUAGUUUCAUAACAUGAAAUUGUCUCGG